UUCAGUAUUCCUGCGGUUGACGGUCACCGGCUGAGGUGGUGAGUCACUCGAGUGUGUACUAUAUACCAUGGGCCCCUAAACAUAUAUAUAUAUCUCCCUCAAUCUCAGUGGACACGCUCUGGACAUCCCCUCCGCAAGACUCGUCCAAGCCAUACCUACCUACAUCCAAUACGAGUCUCAACCUCCCCCAUCAACAUCCCAAACCCCGCAACCAUAGCGAAAAUGGCACCCUCCAAACCCACGCCGACAUUCACAACCGCGAUCCAACCCCCGCCAGGCCCAUCCACCCCGCUCGUCCUCCCAACCCACCCCCUCGCAGCCCAAAACCCACCAAUCUUCAACGAUGCACUCCAAGUCCGCACCCGCGUCUUCAUCGACGAACAACACUGCUCGGCCGACACCGAGAUCGACACCGACGACGCCCGGAGCUGGCAAUGGGUGAUCUACGCCUCACUGGGGGCGACGGCACCAGACUCCCCCACGAACAGCAGCCAACACGCCGCAGCAGCACCGUCACCCGUCGCCGUAAUCCGGCUCGUGCCCCCACCACAACUACCGCACGCGCUGCUCACACACCCGUCCGACCCGGCGAACGAGCACCUUCCGGCGUACGAUUGGACCCACGAGCCGUGUGUAAAACUGACCCGGGUCGCAGUGCUACCCGAAUACCGGGGGCACGGGCUGGGGCGACGACUCGUCGAGACGGCGUUGGAAUGGGCGGCGUCUCACGCGGGUGAGAUUGAUGCCGCUGCGGUGCGAUUAGCGGCUCAAACGCAGGAGGACGGGAAGGGAGGAGGAGGAGGAGGGGUUCCGAGUGGAUGGCGGGGAUUGGUGCUGGUUCAUGCGCAGGUUGACGUGGAGCGGAUGUAUAGCGGACUUGGAUUUGUGACGGAUGAAGGGUUGGGGCGGUGGGAUGAGGAGGGGAUUGAGCAUGUUGGUAUGUUUUAUCGGGUGGAGGUGCGGUGAUGUUAGGAAGCGGGUUCGAGGUAGAAGUAAACGGGACUACGAUGAUAUCCCCGAUUGGUUUAUAGUAUGUAGAACAUAGGACUAUAGACUAUAGAAAGUACAACCAGCAUAAACUUUGUGGCAUCAUGCAGGGAAGCGGGCGUUACAGAUAAGAUGGACCUAAUCUACAAACUUAAACGGGAUUAGAAUUACGGAGGAAUCAGGA